AUGGCCCUGGAAGCCACAUCAACAUCCGUCUCUGGCGGGUGGUUCGGCGUCGGCUGGCCAACGACAGGCGGGAUGUAUCCCGCAGAUGCCGUUAUCGCUAACAGCGCAACCUACGAGCCCAUUGACGCCUACACUCUAGCGGGCGACACGCCGACCGCCAUCAUCCCGUUUGCUUCCGUCCCGCUGGGUUCGCCUACCUACACUGGCGGCGUUGCCACAUUCUCCCGCGAGGUGGGCACGGGCAACAAGAUCAAGUUCGUGAACGGACCCAUGAAGACCAUCUGGGCCUACUCCGACGGACCUUCAGGCUUGUUUGACAACGGCCAUGCUGCCCACCGAGGCACCGUCACAAUCGACUACUCCUGUGACGCCACCGCUGUCUCCAACCCCUCGCCACCACCCCCUUCCAGCGCCAAAUCCCCGCCCCCUCCAAGCACCAAGCGCUCCCCUCCACCACCUGCGGGUCGAGCCUCCCCUCCUCCCCCACCAUCUACUAAACCCAAGCCGUCCCCUCCUCCCCCCUCGUCGGUUCCACCUGGAGGUGCGGCAUGCGCGUCGUCGUCGCUAGCCGGGUACUCAUAUCAAGUGGAGCUGAAUGGACCGCUCGUCCUCCUUCACUGGACCUUUGCCACCAAGACGCGCAUCAGAUUCGCCCUUGAGGCUCGCAAGGGCACUCUAACCAAAAAUGGCUGGAUGGCCGUUGGAUGGUCGGGCAAAAAGGGCAAGAUGAAGGGCUCAGAUGCUGUCAUAGGGAACCUGCCGGGUGUGGCUGCGGUGCGCAUGAGUGGUUUUGCCAGGAAGGUGGGCACGGGGAUGGUACCCAUAAAGCUCAACGCCACCAACUACCUCAUCUGGGCCAUCAGCAGCACCGCCACCAAAACCCUCGCCUUUCACGGCAACCACCAGGGCGGCCUUGCAGUUGACUUCUCGUGCUACAAGAAGCCCCGGGGCGGCCUUGAGGAGGACUUUCCAUGCUUCAGGAAGUCCCGGUACCUCCGGGGUGGUGGGCUGGACUAUGAGGAUGAUGAUGCAUGCGACCAAGCCCUUUAUCUCUCCCUCUCUUUCCCAACCAGGGGUGGCCUUGCGGUGGACUUCUCGUGCUUCAGGAAACCCCGGUACCUCUGGGGAGGCGGGCCUGACUACAACGAUGACUCAGACUACGACAACCCGCCUCCAUCCGGUGGCGGCGGUGGUGGUGGUGGUCAUGAUGAUGAUGAUGACGAUGACGAUGAUGACGAUGACGAUGAUGAUGAUGAUGACGAUGAUGAUGAUGAUGACGAUGAUGACGAUGAUGACGAUGAUCAUGACCAUCACCACAAGUCGAAACAUAGCAAGUCGUUGGGCGGCAAGUCGUUGGGCGGCAAGUCGUCGGGCAGCAAGGCAUCCAGCAGUAAAUCGUCCUAUGGCAAUGGCGUCCCCACCACAUAUGGCUCCUCCAGCCCAUUGGCUGCCACUCUGUAUUGCACUUGCCUCUCUGCUAGACCUCAAUGUUAA